CAACAGAGCCCUCGACACCUCUCCUCUCCCACAAUUUUGUUUCAUUUCUUAAGAGCUGCGACAAGAUACGCGACAUUCAAGAACAUAACAUCUUCUUAAAACUCCUGCACAAGCGCUUUAUCUGUCAUGGCAGCCCCUCAAGUAGCUUCGUCCACCCCUGCCGACGAGGAAGAAGAGCCCUUACACAUCGAUACGGGCGACCAAAUGAAAGUGAAACAAGUGCUGGACGAGGCGGUGGUCAAGGCCAUAGUGGACGCGGGAUAUGAAGAGAACUUCUUCUACGACAACAUCAAACUCGCGCUGAUGGUCAUUGCAUGCGUCUUCGCCCUCAUCGCUCAAUUCUACCCAAUGCCUUUCCCUGAAUCCCGUCCCCUGCUGGGAGUCUGUUGCCUCGCCUACUUCCUUGCCAGCACCAUCAUCCAGCUCAUCGUCUCCUACGUGGAGCAAGAUACCAUCCUGACGACCCAGCCGCUGCGCUCGGGGGGGAAGGCGGGAGAAGCCCUGAAAGUACGGACGCAGUUUCCCCGUUUUCAGGACGAGUACACGGUGUUUGUGGAGGAAGCGGGCAUGCAGGACCCCCCGACCGUGUCGAGCAAAUUCUCCAUCGGCAAGGUGUUCGACGAGGAGGGGAAUUUUUACGAAGAGGGAUUGGCUCGAGAGGUGCAACGGCUCUUGGACCGUUACAAAAAGCAGAUGUGGGACGUGGCAGAGAAGGAGGAGAGGAAGAGGAAAGGGGGAGAGAAGAAGAAAAAAAAAUGA